UUGCCCAGUCCCAGGAUCUUAAAUUGACUAUUGAUCAAAAUAUGAUGAAACAAUUCGAAGAUAUAAUGUCGGCUAACGGUAAAGGUAUGAGUCCACCUGAGGGUGAUCUUACACCUUCGGACCAACCUAACGAGUCUGAAGGUGAUGAAACUUUUAUUGGCAUUCCUAAAAACUCGGAUAUUCCAAAUGAAAACUCGGAUAUUCCAAAUGAAAGCUCGGAUAUUCCAAAUGAAAGCUCAGUUAGUCCAUUUGAAAGCUCGGUUAGUCCAUUUGAAAGCUCGGAUAUUCCAAAUGAAAGCUCAGUUAGUCCGGUUAGUCCAUUUGAAAGCUCGGAUAUUCCAUUUGAAAGCUCGGAUAUUCCAAAUGAAAGCUCGGACAUUCCAAAUGAAAGCUCAGUUAGUCCGGUUAGUCCAUUUGAAAGCUCGGAUAUUCCAAAUGAAAGCUCGGUUAGUCCAUUUGAAAGCUCGGUUAAUCCAUUUGAAAGCUCGGAUAUUCCAAAUGAAAGCUCGGAUAUUCCAAAUGAAAGCUCAGUUAGUCCAUUUGCAAACUUUGAUAGUCUAUUUGAAAGCUCAGAUAACGAUAAUCCAUUUGAAAGCUCAGAUAAUCCAUUUGAAAGCUCAGAUAAUCCAUUUGAAAGCUCUGAUGGUCCAUUUGAAAGCUUGGAUAGUUCAUUUGAAAGCUUGGAUAGUUCAUUUGAAAGCUCGGAUAAAAGCUCAGAUAGUUCAUCAAAAAAUACAAACCAACAAGCUGCUGCACCCUCCCCAACCCCUGUAGUUCCUGCAAUUAAAGAUUCUACGACCCCAACUGAUAAUACUCCUAAACAGAGUAUUGAUAGUAUUGACCAAAUACCUACUCCGGAAUUAACUCCGGAAUCAACUCCGAAAUCAAUUCCAAUACCUACUCCAAUACCUGCUCCGAAAUCAAUUCCAAUAACUACUCCAAUACCUAUUCCGGACUCAACUAUUUCACCGCCCAAUUCAAUCCCUUCACCUCCAACUUUCGGUGCUAAAACUCCUUUGUCUAUAACCCCUCUACCUCUCGUUGAUAAAACUUCUUUGUCUACAGCCACUCUACCUCUCGUUGCUAAAACUCUGUUAACAACUCCUCCACCUCUCGUUGCUAAAACUCCACCUCUCAGUGCUAAAACUCAUUUAUCUGCAUCUCCGUCGCAACAAAAAUCUUCUGCCCCUACAAUAUCUCAUGCUGAACAUAUUUAUACUAACUAUUUUUGGGGG